GCGUUCUAUUAAGUUCUCAAAAUAUCCAAUGAUAUUUAGUUAAUUAUUAAUUACUAUCGAUAUCUUGGUGGUCAGAAUCUGGGUGCAUUUCCAUUUCGUCAGUUCGUAUGUUUACCAUUCGUCAGCAGUCGUCGACCUUCAGUUUGCAAUCUUGUUGUGCACCCAGAUCGAUUGUUUGACCCAGCGCACCCAAAAUUUCACAUAUUUCUGCAGAGUGCCUAAAACGAAACGUUGCAAUUGACAUUUAGACAAGUAGUUGAUAGAAAUUUAAAAAAAUGGGAAAUGAAACUUCACUGCCAAUGGAGCUCUGCUCUAACUUUGAUGCCGAUGAGAUACGACGUCUGGGCAAAAGAUUUCGCAAAUUAGAUUUAGACAAUUCAGGUGCUCUGAGCAUCGAUGAAUUCAUGUCACUGCCCGACCUCCAGCAGAAUCCACUGGUCCAGAGGGUCAUCGAUAUAUUCGAUUCGGAUGGGAAUGGUGAAGUGGAUUUCAAGGAGUUCAUUCAGGGGGUGUCUCAGUUUAGUGUUAAAGGAGAUAAAUUAUCAAAAUUAAGAUUCGCUUUUAGAAUAUAUGAUAUGGAUAAUGAUGGGUUUAUUUCUAAUGGAGAACUUUUCCAGGUUUUGAAAAUGAUGGUUGGAAACAAUCUAAAAGAUGCACAAUUACAACAAAUUGUAGAUAAAACAAUUCUAUUUGCCGAUAAGGAUGAAGAUGGUAAAAUAUCCUUCGAUGAAUUCUGUGCAGUUGUUGGAAACACGGACAUUCACAAGAAAAUGGUGGUUGAAGUAUAAAUAAAGUAAGCAUGAGAAUAUGUUAUUGUUGAUUUCUUUUUGAACUUAGUCUAUUAUUUAUUGUUUGUUAGUUUAAAUAUUUGUAUUUAUGUAGAUACUUCAUUUAAUAAUCAAUCAUAUUUAUAUAGAAAUAAUUAUAAACUAUCGUAAUUGAAUUUGGAAUAUCUUAUGCUGAAGUGCUAACAUCACCAUUGUUCAAAAUUUCUUGCACUGUGGGACAUAAUCUAUAUGUGAUUUAAUGACCAAAAUCUAUUUUGUAAAUUGUAUGUUGAAUUUAUCUCGACCACGAAAUUGAUUCCUUAUGAAUUUUUAGAAUUAAAAAUCAUUUUUGUGUGAUGUUUUGAAAAUCGGGCGGGUAGACUGAGUAAAAUAUACAUAUAAAAAACUUAAUACAGCAGUAAUACCCUGGGGUAACGUUAUAUAGUAUACAGCUUUAAGCAAAACAGCGCUAAACGGGGCUAUAUCAAUAUUAGGGAAAGAUGGAUAAGAGCUAAAAAUUUGCAAAUCCAAUGUACUUACAAAAGCAAAUACAAAUCUAAGUCAGACGGAUCGUUCAUUCUAUUGUGAGUCCAGUUUUUUGUCCAAAAGACUAAUUUUCUUUUGCAUUUUUUUUAGAAGCUGUUAAUGAGUGGAUAAACAUCUGUAACAUCCAAAAUUGCUUUUGAUCCUUUCCACUCCCAAGACUUCUUGUAUUUUUAUUCCUCCAGCUCCUGCUAAAAUUGCGUUUUGUAACUUUCAAGGGUUUGUUCAUAUUUUGUAAAUUAUAUUAUGCAAAGAAUGUUGAAACCAACAGUCAAUAU